CGCAUACUCCUUAAUUGACUUAAAUCUGUAAUUGACCUACUCUAGCACUGGUGUAUCCUUACCACUGAGUAAUAUUGGUAAUUCAGUUGUUUUAAAAUAUAUUAUUAAUAAUACAAAGCAAUCUGACAUAUCCACCAUAUUGCAGUUAUGCCAUUGUAAAUGUAGAACACUGUAAUCUACCAUCUCCAAUAAUCCAUUGAUUAGAGCACAUUAUGAAAGAAAUUUACAUGCAAGGGAUCCAUUUCAUAUUGCUGUUUGUUUAAAAGAAACAUAACAAACCACCACGAAUUGAAUUUUUAGCUAAAACUAGCUUCGUAUUCUGCAGUGUGCGGAUGUUUUCAGAACGCUGAAGCCCGCGUUUCAUGCUCCAGAACGGUAGGUGGCGGUAUGCACCUACAGGCGGCACCCAAAUCCGCCAUUAACGCCCAGAAAAAGGCCGACGUCGACGUUGCUGUAGCAACGCUUGUCGUUUCAGUCCCAACUCUGGUUCAAUGGCAAAAAUGAGUUCGGACACGCUUUGGGAGCUGGCAGCGGCGGAGGUCCAGAGGCAGCAGAGUGAAGCUGGAGAGGGUCCCGGAGGGGAGACGGUCUGUGAAAGGAGCGUGUUUCUGAUAGGGAGCAAAGCUGGGGGUAAAACGUCAAUUCUCCUCAGAUGUCUGGAGAGAGAUGAGCCACCAAAGCCGACUCUAGCACUGGAGUAUACAUUUGGCAGGAGGGCCAAAGGACACAACACACCCAAAGAUAUAGCCCACCUGUGGGAACUGGGAGGGGGAACUUUUCUCUCAGACCUCAUCCAGAUCCCCAUCACUCCGGACAGUAUAAGGUCUCUUUCUUUUGUGCUUGUUCUGGACCUGUCCAAACCCAACGCUCUGUGGGGAACCAUGGAGAAACUUCUGAAUGUAGCUCAAGCUCAUGUGGAAAAAGUCUUUUCUGAGGCGCAGAAGUCCAAACCUGGAGGCAAACGGCAGAAGGCUGCUCACCCAGCAGCUCGGGUCUUACCACAAGAUUACCCAGACAGAGAGCUGAUCAGUCCUUUUCCCGUUCCACUGCUCAUCAUCGGCAGCAAAUAUGACCUCUUUCAGGACUUUGACUCUGACGAGAAGAAAGUUAUUAGAAAAACCCUCCGUUUUCUUGCCCACUAUUACGCAGCCUCUCUGAUUUUCACAAGCAUUAAAUCAGAGAGCCUCAUGUCUAAAACCAAGAGCUUCUUCUCACAUCUGGCGUUUGGUCUGGACAGAGGGAAAACUGUGUCCUGUGACUCAAGUAAACCUCUUAUCAUCCCUGCUGGCUCUGACUCUUUCAGCCAAAUAGGGUCGCCUCCUUCAGCUGACAUCGACAUAACGUCUCUGCAUGCCAAAAACCCAAAGGAUCUGUGGAAGAAAUUGUACGAACGAGUCUUUCCCAGCGAGGUAGCAGCACACUUCUCUAUUUCAGCUCACAUACAAGAACAGAAAUGUUUUCAGCACAUGGGAACAAUCUUGUUUUCCCAGAGCCACAGUGAGCAGAGAGAGCUGAAGGAUCCAGCCAAAGACCCGCAGUACAGUGAGCCUCAAAUUGAUGCAAUGAGAGCACAGAAAGAUCAGGAGUUGGAGCAGUAUAAAAGAAAUGCAGCGAAGUCAUGGAAAGAACUGCAGCUGGAGGCAUAGGAGAUACAUUUGUUACAACACUUUAUUGUGUACAUAUCAUAAACAUUUAGCUGUAUUUAUUUAAAUUUUUUACAGGCUCUUUUCUUUCUUUGCAAUUCGUGCGUUAUUGGUUAAUAAUCGUUCAAUCUAUUGCUAUUAAAAUGAGUUUUCUAAAACCAAG